AUGCACUGCGAAUACGUGGUAGAUGAAGAACAUGAGUACGACAGCUGGAGUUUUGUUAGUUCUGACAGAUCGCCUGAUCUGUCCUGGCCGGAUUCGGAGCUCAGCUCCGAUAGUGCGGACGAGAGAGGUAGCGAAGAGGGGAGUGAAGGAGAAUCAGACUUUGAGAUUGAGCAUUGGAUGAUCUUGGGAGAGGAAGAGGAGGAGGCAGACCGGACUAUACAGCUCAACCUAAGUUACAGUUGUUCGGACACGGACGAUGAAAAGAAUGAAGAAAACUAUAAUACAAAACUGUGGGUAGUCUCAGAGAAGGAUCGAGAGAGCGGCAGUAGAGGAGGAGAUAAACGCAAAGACGGAGAGUUUUCCAGCCGCACACCCCGCUACUUCCCGCUCCAAGAGGACUUGUUUUGCUCAAACUGCCGAAAGAGAGGACACAAGACUUGGAGCUGCCCUGCUCCCAAGAGGCAGAUGUGCUGUGUGUUAUGUGGACAGCGGGGACACCUCCUCUCGGCCUGUCCACAGCAACACUGCCCUGUGUGUGGACUCCUGACACACACACUCACAUCCCACAAACAAACAGUGCGCACACAGCUGGCCUGCCCACUGCAGACAUACUGUGAUCAGCCCUGUUCUCGCUGUGGAAGGUCUGGGCAUCUACAGGAUAGUUGCCCAGACAGCUGGAGACAGUAUCAUCUAACGACACAGCAUGGAGUCCCUGUCAGACCAGAAUGUGAACACACAAGAAGACAACCGGUUUACUGCUACAACUGUGCUCUUCAGGGACACUAUGGCCAUGAAUGCAUGCAGAAAAGGAUGCAAAGUGGAGUCAAGCCAUCUGUUCCAUAUGUGUGUGUUUAUGAUUCAGAGCAGGAUCUUCAGAUACGGCAAGCACAGACUCUCAGCAGAGCCACAGGGUUACAGCAGCUGUGUUUGGAAGGAUCCCAAAAGGCCAAGCAGCAGCGAGGUCAGACAUGGCCAGAGAAGCGAAGAAAGCGACGGGAAAUUAAAAAACUGCGGAAAGAGAGGAAGAGUGUAGGGGGAAUAAGGAAUAAGGAGCCUGAGUCUCUUCAAAGCCCCUCAGUAGACAUUACGUUCCCACCACAGAAUCUCCCUGUAAAGGGGCACACCAACUCUGGGCCGCGAAGGAGCGCACAGUCCAGACACAGGAAAUCCUACCAUCUGGGUCGACACUUUGUUUCUGUAAAACGCAGAGUGUGUAGAUAGUUGAGUCACACUGUAAAGUGUGUAUAUGUGUCUGGAACUGCAUGAGUGUGCGUUUGUGUGUGUGAGAUAAUUUUAUAGGUUGUCAGCUGAAGUGAAUGCAUUUCUUUGAACAGCAGUGCAGCUGCCUUGCAUGGGGCUCUGGUUUAGUGGUCUGCAUUCAGCCAACCGUUUUGACCUCAUGUCUCUUUAUAAAUAAGAUGAUGUAUUGGGACGUGCUGAUUUUAUGUAUAUACUGUCGAAAAAAUAACUACCAUACCUCAUUUCUUUGUUGGAUUUGCAUUCCAGACUUU